AAUAUUGCUGUCCUCGCGAUUGGCAGUUUAAAUAAAAUGAAUCUGCGUUUAACAUGAAAAUAAAUUAAUGUUAUUGUGAACUUGUGAAAAAUGAAAGUAUUUAUAUUGCUUGCAUUUAUAAAUGGGUGUUUCAGUCAGCAACAUACAGAUAUUCGCCCUCAAAUUAUAAGAAGUCCAUUUAGAUUCAUUUAUAAUUGGUCUCAAGAUUUUAAUGUGGAAAUACAGUUUAAGAACAUACCAUCUGAUUUUAUAAGUUAUCAAAUAGUAUUUACGUACGGUAAUUUCCCUGCUAAGUCUGACCCAAAACCGUUAAAGGAUUUUAAUCCAGAAUGUAGACGCUCAGUAUUGAAGCAACCGAAAGUAUCUAUCGAAGCUGAAUUAUAUGAUGGAAACGAUGUUGUGCAAAAAUUCUAAUAGUUGAUGGAAUAGAAGGUGCAAAUCUGCUACAAAGGGAUGAUCCAAAUACAAUGAAAUACGCAAAUUAUACACCCAGCGAUGUUUGUUCGAGAGCAGAAUGCUGUAUAAUUGAAGUGGAUUUGGGUGUGGGAAAAGCACCAAAACCUAAGAAAUCCUCUAAGGCAACACCUGUUCUUAGAGAAGGCCAAGAUUCAAAAAGGCACCACAUAGUGCCAAUGGAAACAAAAACGACAGCAAUUGCGCCGAAACAUGUGCAAAAAUUUGAUGAAACAUAUAGUAACAUAACGCAAUGUAUUGAAGUAAAUACAGAUGAGAAACCAGGGAUUUCACGAAAGCUCGUGUUGAUAUGUGGUAUAUCGUCUGUGGGAGUAGCGUGUGCUGUAUUACUGCUUGUCUGUGUGUGUAUCCGACGGUGUAGAAACAAAAGAGCAUCAGAACAAACAAUAAAAUAUAACUCUGCUACCUCAAACUGCGUUUUGUACGCAGAUCUGGACAUCAGACAGACUGAGAAUAGAACACCAGUGUACGUCGAGGAAUCUCCUUAUGCUGAAAUUAUUGGAGUUUUAGAACCAGACAAAAAAGGGAGAACAUGAAAUAAAAAUAGUUUUGCAAAUAGU